CGAUGAACACAUCCGUCAUACGCCGCCAUUUGCGAAAGGCUGAUCGCUGCUUAGCAGCGCGAGUGUCAUCGGUUUGAUUAUGUCGAGUGUUUAAAUUGUUAUUUUCGUUAAAACUGUGAACUCAGUGCGAGGAUAUAAUCAGUUAAAAUGAUUGUGAGGUUUCUGAGCGUUUUGUGCGUCGGAGUUUUGGCGACUUCGGUGUUCAGCGCUGAGGGAAACAACGACAAUGAAGACAUCCCGUACCUGGAGUUGGCGGAGCCUGAGGAGGGCUACCACGGUCUGAUCAAGGAGAACGAGACGCUGGUGGAGGUGACGCCGCCCAUCCGCGCGCGGGGGCCGCUCUGCUCCUUCCUCAUCCUCAACAACAAGCACCAUGGGGAGGCUCCAUUCGAGAUAAUGGUGAUAGACGAGAACGAAGCCCGGCUGCGCGUGCGAUUCCCGCUCAACUGCGAGAAGCGACGCAACUACAAGUUUGAUAUUGCCGCCGUGGGCUGCGACGGCUCUUAUUCAAACACGGUACCGGUGCACAUAACAGUGACAGACGUGAACGAGUUCGCGCCAGUGUUCAGCGAGGCGGCCUACGUGAAGGCAGUAGACGAGGGACGCAUCUACGACGAGAUCCUGCGUGUGGAAGCCACCGACAGGGACUGCACGCCGCGGUAUGGAGACAUCUGCAAGUACGAGAUACUGACGGACCGGAGUCAGCCGUUUACUAUCGAUAAUGAAGGUGUGAUCCGCAACACAGAAGCCCUGGACUACGAGAAGUCUCACAACCACAUCCUGUCGGUGGUGGCGUACGACUGCGGCAUGCUGCAGUCAACUCCCGUCAUGGUCACCAUCAAGGUCAACAAGCCUUGCAUGGCUGGAUGGAAGGGCGUGGCCGAGCGCGUAGACUACGCACCAGGCACUGGCCCGCUGGCCCUGUUCCCGGGCGCGCGGCUCGCGACGUGCUCGUCGGACGUGCGCUGUCCCGGCGUCACGCGCAUCCAGGCGGCGGUCACGCUGCGUGCCGCACGCGCCGGCGGCUGCGAUAGGGACACGUAUUCGUUGCACGCGCAGAGGACUAUUUGUGGAUUGGACCCGAAAACGAUCGACCUACUACCGAGCCCCGGAGUUGGAAACGAAUGGGCUAAGUCACUCAAACCAGAUUCAGGCCGCGACGGCGAGCAGAUGUUCGAGUUCGACGGCGAGACGACAGCGGCCAUCGUGCCGGAGUCGGUGCUGCCUCACUCGCUGCCCGGCAGCUUCAGCGUCAGCACGUGGAUGCGGCACGCGCCGCCCCCGGACAAUGAUAAGCAUAGGAAGGAGCAUGUCUUGUGUCUCGCUGAUGAUCAUAAAAUGAACCGUCACCACUACGCGCUGUUCGUUCGCAACUGCCGGCUGAUCCUGCUGCUGCGCCGCGACUUCGGCGAGGGAGACCUCAACAUCUUCCGGCCGGCCGAGUGGCGCUGGAAGCUGCCUGAAGUAUGUGACGACGAAUGGCACCACUACGCCGUGAACGUCCGCUUCCCUAACGUCGAGCUGUUCGUGGACGGCGAGCCUUACCGCGCGCUGGACGGCAAGGGACCGGAGGUCAUCGACGACUGGCCCCUUCACCCCGCCCAUGGGGUCAAUACGACACUUGUUAUCGGUGCUUGCUGGCAAGGCACCGAGAGCGACAUGAAGCACCACUUGCGCGGCUGGCUGGCGGGGCUGGGCGUGUCGCGCGGCGCCGCGCAGCCGCCGCGCGCGCUCGCCUGCCUCGCGCACUGCCGGGAGGGACUCAGUCUCGCGCCUGAUCUAUACCUGAAGUCGGUGUCAGUGGAGGGCGACGGCGUGGCGGACGUGGAGACACUGCUGCGCCGCGUGGCGUACGGCGACGCUCGCGCCUUCCCCACGCCCGGCAGGCGUAACGUGCACGUCGCUACUACCAUCACUUGCGACAACGGCCGCAUAAUCAAGGCGCGACCCGCAGAAUCCUACAUAAUGGUGCUGGCGCCGCAGACGCCCAGCAUCCUGCUGAACGGCAGCGAGGACCUCGCGCGGGACUACGCGCACUUCCGCGCCGGACUCACCGUGUUCCCGGACCUGUCCGUCAGAGUGCUGGCUGGGAACUCGCAUCCUAUCGCUGAAGCCCGCCAGAAGCUGGACUCGUGCGUAGUAUCAGUGUACCCGGCGCUGAACCCCGACCACGAGGCGCUGUCGCUGCGCUGCGCGGCCGAGCUGCCGCAGCGCUACGACAUCCGCGCCGCCGUCACGCGCGACGGCGUCAUACUGUCGGGCGCCGACACCGUGCAUAACUAUCAGAAGGUGCUGCGUGAGAUCGAGUACAGCAACAAGAAGCCGGCGUACUACCUGAACCGCGUGUUCAAGCUCACCUGCUCCGAGCUCAACGGCCGCUUCACCAGCAACGAGUACGUGCAGACGCUGACAGUGGUCCACCCGCACAUGUCUGGCGCGGGCGAGGCGGGGCUGGCGCGCGAGCUGCACCCCAGCGGCGUCGCCGACAAGAUGGACGCCGUCGCCAGGGACAAACAGUCUGAGCACGGCCACCACGGGCACGCGCUGGCGCCGCGCGUGUACGCGGCGCACGCGCUGCGCGACGCGCACGCGGCCGACGUGCCCGCGCCGCGCCUCAUCGACCUGCACGCCGAGCCGCACGCGCAGAAUCACGUAGCCCUGCUAAUCGGCGUGGUGUCGUGCGGCGUGCUGGUGGUGGUGGCGGGCGUGGCCCUCGCGCGCGCCCGCGCCCGCACGCGCGCGCCCGCGCGGCACUCGCACGCGCUGCACGAGCUGAGGAACAGGACUGACGCCGAGAUGGCCUGGGAUGACUCCGCGCUCACCAUCACUGUCAAUCCUAUGGAGGAGCAAGCAGUGCCGUCGUGCGGCACGCACGCGGGCGCGGACAGCUCGGACGGCGAGUCGUGCUCCGACUCCGACUCCGACCACCACGACUCCUCCGACGACGACGACGAAGUGAUGCCGGGCAAGGAGCACAAGUACAGGAACAUCAGCCAACUGGAGUGGGACAACAGCACCAUGUAAUGCGCCCGCGCACCCCCACUCCCCCCCUCGCUCUGUCCUCUCUCGCCCGCGGACGACCUUGUUUCUACACACGACUUCUACUACUUACUGAAUCAUAAGAUACAGACUCACGCUGUGGUAAUUUAAACCCUGUGCAAUGGAGUUAAGAUUGAAAGUCGCUUAAUAAUAUUUCUUGUUUUAUAAUACAGAUUGGAGAUGUAUUUGUUGACACUUCUUGUUUCUCGAUUGCAUGUAUUUGACUUUAUCGAUUAGUGAUGAGUUGAUUUCUUCUUUCUAUCUUUAUUGUAUCUUUGGAUACCUAUUUUUUAUUUCUUAAACAAUCUUUUGAUUUCUUUCAGGGUUGUUCUAAUGUCUUGAAAAAAGUCAAUUUAUUGUGAGUUCUUAAGACUUUCUAUGUCUCACAUAUCUGUAUAGAAGUUAAGCGUAAAAUGAGAAUUGAUGUAUAGUGGUGAAAUGAUAUUAAAGAUCAGGGAAUUACGAUCAAAAUAAUGUAUUUAGGUUAUAAUGUUUAAAAGUACUUAAUAAAUUAUUCGAACAAGUGUUCUGUCCCUGUAUCUGCAACUUAGAUGACUUUAUAUUGCAACUUUGAAAGUAUAGUGCGCAGGACGUACUCUGGUAAUAUCGCCCAUUUUACUACAGUGUCGUGUAUAGAAACAUCGCCGUUGAAUCGAAGCGAGAAAUCCAGUACAUUUCGGUAACGGAAUUGAUUUCUAUAACCGGUCGGUUAUUGUACCUAUGUAGUUUGUAUGGAAGCUUUCGGCACAAACACGCGUGGCACAAGACUUCGUGUGCAACGCGCUUUAUGUACGCGUGCGCAAAACAUUGCGACAGUUGUGUCACCUACGACAUUUGAGAUUAUUUUAUACAUUUGAGAUUAUUGAAACACGAAAAUCUGGCUAUAAUAUUUGUAAUAUUCAUUUAAAAACUUCAGGUUUUCACCAACUGUCAAACAACUGUCAACGUCAUAAAUGUCAUUUUGACGUUUGCAUCGAGUGACGCGAGCGCGAUGCGUGCACAGAGCGCGGCCGCAUACAUUUUAUUUGUAGUCUAUUCUAAGGUCUUUAAAAAAUGAUCAUAUCAAAUUUAUACGUAAAACGAAAUAUUAUUUGACUCCUCGCUUGCUUUCGUAGAAGGAAAUAUGUCGUUGUUCUAAAAUAUAGAGCUCUUACACUUUUUCUAUUCGUUUCUACACUUAAGACAAAUGAAAAAAAAAACUGUAUGUAUUAAAUCGUAGUCGUUGUAAUUUCGUAUGGAAUCGGUCAUAAGAGGAUAAUUAGUAUGUAAGCGGUCAGAUACUAUGAUUGUAUAUUAUUGGAUACAUAAGAUAACGUACGCUUCACAGAUUGUAAACCGUUGUGUUGCGAGCCGGGGCCUCCCCGGACAUUCCGCAUUUAGUUGAGUACAAGACAAAAGACGCAUUUAUUUACGGUACAAAAUGCUUCGUUAUUUCCCCAAGUGUGUAGUUUUUAAAGUAUUUGUCUCUCGACAAAAAAUGUCCAACACUUAACCCUUUACGAGCUUCUCGACAAAAUCGGCUUAAAUGUAUAUUAGGCACAGAGUUAUUUGAAAAAAAAAAUAGAUGUACGAUAUUAUACACAUUAUACAGAUGGUAUCGGUUUAGGAUCAGCUACUAUAUAAUGAACUAUAUUAAUUAUAUAUAUAUUUUGAAUGCGUUAAGGGAUUUUUACUAACAAUUAGGUACUAAGUGGCUAUGUGUUAGUGACGCUCGCGACCUCUGGGAAAUGGCAAACGAGACGCGUCGUCGAAUAGGCGUAAGGUUAGUUAGUGGUCAGUCGUCAGUCUGUCGUCACGCCGGCGUCCCGCUCGGACGUGCAUAUCAGGACCGUUUGCCAUAUUAGCGUAGAUGUGUGAGUGGGACGUACAACGGUAAGCAAUGUUGUGGACAUAAUCAUCGGUGUACUCUUGUAGGUGACGUCACGUGUUGUUUUCUCUAUCGUUUCUCUGUUCUGACUGCGUUGUGUUUACGUUAAGUUUUGCUGUGAAGCCGUCUCUAGUGGCUGCUGGGACUAUGACGGAACGCAAUACAAUAAUAUUAAGAGCAGCUGAACUUGUCGCGUAAUGUCCGCAUGUCACAGGGACGCUUCACGCGGAGGAGCAGCGAGCAAUGUGUUUGGGUACUUGUUAACUUUUCUAAAUUAUUUCGUUAGUAGAUGAACAAUUUUAGUGCCAUUUAAUAUUUCAUACAACGAGUUGUUUUCCACCAAACGGUUGCUCGUUGUUCUCGUUAUUUGUUGAUGUCCACCCGACAGCCGUCCAGUGCCCAUUUCCCCCGCCUCCCCCCAUUUACUUGUUAAGAUCUGAACAGUUGGAGUCCAAGCUCAAACCCGCACAAAGGAAGCAUCCCUGAACAUUCAGUCUGUCCUAAAGUAUUACUUGAGGUAGCUACUUAUAUUCUUUUUUAUCAUUACUAUUUUAUUGUAAUACAUUUUAUUUUUUCUUUUUGUAUUAUCUCGGUAUUAUUACUGUAUAAUUAGGGAACUUCUUUGAUGUAUGAAUUAUUAUAUUUUAGCUAAAAAUAAAGUUGGUUUAAAAUA